UAUGAACGAUUUUACAGACUUUUUGAUCAAUGCCAAGAAACAAGCUAUCCUGGAAGAUCCUACCUUAGAAUCGGUUAUCACUAACCGUCAUAUCACCCAAACCGUUAAAGAUAUAUUCCUUGCUGGUGUUGAUACAACAAGGCAAACUAUGACCUGGACUAUUCUAUUAUUAGUAACACAUCCAGAAAUACAGAAGAAAGUUCAAGCUGAAUUAGAUCAAGUAUUAGAUGCUGGACAAGCCCCCACUUUACGUGACAGGGACAGACUGCCUUACACCGAGGCUGUUUUACACGAGAGUAUGCGACUGUGUCCAGUCGUACCAGUGGGAAUACCACAUACAACUCGAUGUGAUACAACUAUUGGUGAAUAUGAGAUACCUAAAGGUACUAUGGUGAUGAUCAACCACUGGGCGCUUCACAAUGAUCCCGAGGUUUGGAAAGAUCCUGAUGUUUUCAGACCAGAAAGAUUUAUGGAUGAAGAUGGAAAUCUGGCGCCUAAAACUAUGUCAUGGCUGCCAUUUUCUGCUGGACGUAGAAAUUGUUUGGGUGAAACUAUUGCCAGACCCGAGAUGCAUCUCAUACUGGCUUUACUUCUGCGGAAUAUGGAAUUUAUAUUUUGA